AUGCAGAAUCCUAAACCAUUUGUGUUUCCAGUGAUGAAAAAGGCUAUUGAGAGCCUUUUCACUAAACCCCACAUUACUAAAGAGGAUAUUGAGCUAUUUCAGGAUAGGUACUGGGAACAGUUGGUACCCAAUUUCAGUCAAGCACUGAAGUUACUAGACAUUCACGGUGUUUCACGUCACAGUAUCCUUUGGGCACUUGUGUCACAGGUUCUCGGAAAGACAAACUCUAUCAAAGAAAGACAUGUUAACUUGAUUGUGGACAAUCCGUAUUUGUAUGACGAUGCUCCCUUACCGGUCCUCCGGCAUAUUUGGGUGGCUCAUCCACACAAAUUUCAAGAAGAACUGCAUAAAGUAAUAACUCGUUUCCAAAGCAAUUGGUCCGACGCAUUGUUGGAUACAUUGUCCAUGGCCGUUUGUUCAACUGCUUCAUCUACAGCAGAUCUAGUCCCGCUGCUCUAUUGGCCUCCGCGGAGACGUAGGCGCGAUGCAGCAAUCGUUCGCAUAGUAGAGAUGAUCGGGGAUGACCAAGUUCUCUAUGAAAAGAUUGUGAAUAUUCUCCGCGAGGAAUGCAUGCGUGCAGAGCAAACCGCUCAUCAGCAAGCAUCAACAGCAUUAGCAUCUGUCACUGCCAAAGAACCAAACACUCCACCGCCUCCACCCAAACGCCGUCGACGCUUGGAUUCUACAAGCAGCAACAAUUCAAAUAGAGACAAAGUUACCAACGAAUCAUCACCUGCUUUGAUCUCGGCCACACUAUGCACUCUCCGGUUUGAUAUACUCAUGAGCUUGAAUGAAGCCAAAGUGGAUCGGCUGUGUGUGCCAGAUAGAAUUCACCGUUUGGUCUGGGGGCUAGAUGCGUGCGUGAGAAACCGGCGCAUCGAUCCGCGUCACGCCAGUGGACUGGCGUACCAUCUGACGAUCCAACGUCAAAGGGCCAAGCGCGCCAGCGAAGAUGCCGCGCAGAGUUUAGAGGAUCAAACCGAGGAGGAGGAGGAAGAGGAGGAUGGUCGUGCGGAUGUUCGGCGGUCAUCUCAGCUUGCCUCA